UGGUUCUCGCGGGAUCAUGCAGAUGAGCGGCGCCAUGGCUCCCAGGGCGAUGGGAUAGCGAGCGGGAGGAGGAGAAGGCCAAGGCCCACAAGUAGCUAAGAAGAUGGCGGACGCCAAGCAGAAGCGGAACGAGCAGCUGAAGCGCUGGCUUGGCUCAGAGACUGAGCUCGAGCCACCCGUCCUCAAAAAGAAGAAAACCAAGGUCAAGUUCGACGAUGGCGCCGUGUUCCUGGCCGCCUGCUCGAGCGGGGACACAGACGAAGUGAAGAAGCUUCUGGACCGCGGCUCGGACAUUAACUACGCCAAUGUGGACGGACUGACCGCCCUGCAUCAGGCAUGUAUAGAUGAUAAUCUGGAUAUGGUGAAAUUCCUAGUGGAACAUUCUGCAAAUAUUAAUCAGCCAGACAAUGAAGGUUGGAUACCAUUGCAUGCUGCUGCUUCCUGUGGAUAUGCAGACAUAGCAGAGUAUUUAAUUAGUCAUGGAGCAAAUGUAGCUGCAGUCAACAGUGAAGGAGAAACUCCAUUAGAUAUAGCUGAAGAAGAAGCCAUGGAAGAACUCUUGCAGGAAGAAAUUAGUAGGCAAGGAGUGGAUAUAGAAGCUGCACGGAAGGAAGAAGAACGAAUAAUGCUUCGCGAUGCCAGGCAAUGGUUAAAUAGUGGGCAAAUAAAUGAUAAUCGGCAUCCCAAAUCUGGGGGAACAGCACUUCAUGUAGCUGCAGCUAAAGGCUAUUCAGAGGUUUUAAAACUUCUAAUCCAGGCAGGUUAUGAUGUAAAUAUCAAAGAUUAUGAUGGCUGGACCCCACUACAUGCUGCAGCACACUGGGGAAAAGAGGAAACCUGCCGAAUCCUGGUAGAAAGCUUCUGCGAUAUGGAGAUGAUCAACAAAGUGGGGCAGACAGCUUUUGAUGUAGCUGAUGAAGAUAUUCUUGGGUACUUGGAAGAGUUGCAAAAAAGGCAGAAUAUGCUUUUCAGGGAGAAACAAGCAAAUAAAUCCCCUUUGAUCGAGUCAACUGCAACAAUGGAGAACAAUCAACAAUUAAAACCCAUCAAAAGUAAAGAAACUCUGCUGAAUGAACAAAAGGUUCCAGUCCACAUAGAAUCUCUUGAGCAGGAAAAAGUGGAUGAAGAAGAAGAGGGUAAGAAAGAUGAUUCCAGUUGUUCCAGUGAAGAGGAGGAGGAAGAAGACUCAGAGUCAGAAGCAGAAGCAGAAAAAAACAAACCUACAACACAUGUAAAUAGUGUAAACCGUAUCAACAGUGGAGGUAGUAUACAGUCUGCAGCAGUAGCCCCAACAACUGUACCCACAAAUCAAGUUGCGCCAACGUCACCAGUGAAAAAGUAUGAAUCCAUUACUCCACUAAUGCCUGUGGCGGAGCCAUUAGAUCCGACAUCUUGGCGUCAGGGGUUGCGCAAAACUGGCAUUGUUCUUGUGCCUCAAAAGGGUGACAAAGUUAUGUUAACGACUCCAUUCAUCAAAUCUUUAAAAGAGGAAGAGAAAAGGAGGAAGGAGGAAGAAGAGAAGAAAGAUGCCUCCCCAGCAUCUUGGAGGUCUGGACUUCGCAAGACUGGAAGCUAUGGUGCAUUGGCUGAAAUUAGUGCUUCCAAAGAGGCACAGAAAGAGAGAGAUGUUACAGGUGUGAUGCGUUCAGCCUCAAGUCCCCGACUCUCGUCCACUCUGGAUAACAAAGAGAAGGACAAAGACCAGAAAGGGGCAAAGCUUGCUUAUGUUGUACCUACCAUCCCAUCCAGAAGAUUUGCCAGCACGUCUGAUAUUGAUGAGAGAGAAAUCAGAGAUUCUGCAAGUAACUUAGUACGUAGUGGUUCUUACACACGGCGACGCUGGGAAGAAGAUAAGAGGAAGGAAAUGAACCAUACAUCCACAACAGAAGGAUCAACUUUGCAAAAUGCUGCUGUCACCAGUGUUGUGCCUGGUUAUCAGAGGAGUAAUUCGUAUCUGCUAGCAAUAGGCAGAAGUAACAGUGCCAGAGAUCUCCCAACCAGCUCUUCCUCAGCCAUCAGCUUGGAUUCUACUAAUUCCAAGCCUAGGCAACCAUCUUCAACUCAGUACUCAUCUUACAGCGUCUACAAAAGUAGUUCUUUUGGUAGAAGGAAAGAAGAUUUGAUCAGUCCUGUUCAAAGUGCCAUUUCAACCAACGCCAUUGCAAGCAUUACCUCAUUAAGCAGCCUGCAACCUAUUCCCAGGAGCACUGCAUCCACUUCCUCUGGCAGUACUUCAAAUCGGUUCUCGACGGGGGACAAUGCAGAAAGAGAGAAAGAAAAUGUUCCUUCAACGGUUGCUACAACUGGCACUGUCUCUUCAACAGCAGAGGUCAGGGAGAGACGAAGACUGUUGGUUCCUUUCGAGAUUCGGUCGUAUUUAACUCCUGUUCGAGAUGAAGAAUCUGAGUCACAAAGAAAAGCCAGGUCGCGGCAAGCUAGGCAGUCGAGAAGGUCAACACAGGGUGUAACACUAACAGACCUACAAGAAGCUGAGAAAACGAUUGGGAGAAGUCGUUUAGACCGUCGAACUCGAGAACAGGAAGAUAAGGAAAAGGAAAAGCAAGACAGAGAAAAACAAGAGGAUAAGAAUAGAGUGGAAACUCAAGAUGACGAGAGACAAAGGUUUAGUAAAAACACCGAAGAGCCUUAUCAACGCAUGAGGUCAAGCACCACGACAGCUUCAACUGCCACUAUCUCUGCCUUCAAUAAUUCGUAUGUUGCAUCCCACCAAAAUCGACCGAACAGCCUUAUCGGCAUUACGUCUGCUUACACUCAGUACAACCGAGGCUCUGGAGAAGUGGAUAAAGAAAUGGACAAAAGAGAAGAUGAGAGAGAUGGAGAAGAGAAAUUAGAUGACAAGUCACAAAAUAAACCAUCGAUAAGAGAGCGUCGGCGGCCAAGGGAAAAGCGGAGAUCAACAGGUGUUUCUUAUUGGACGCAGGAUAGUGAUGAAAAUGAACAGGAACAGCAGUCUGACACAGAAGAUGGGACAAACAAAAAAUGUCAGAAUGACAGACUUUCAAGGUUUGACACAGGACUUUCUAAUACUGCACAUAACGAGGGUCCUGAACAGUUCUCUAAUCGAACAGGUUUGUCUACUUUCAGAGGAAGCAAGCAAGCGUCUCUCAGGGCAGAAAAGGAAGACACGUUGGAUUAUAAAAAGCUUUAUGAGCAGUUCUUGGCAGAAAAUGAGAAACUUAAGGCGAGUCUACAUGACACAAACCUGGAACUGAAUGAGUUGAAAGUGCAAUUAGAGAAAGCCACACAGAGGCAAGAAAGGAUAGCUGAUCGGUCGCUGCUCGAGAUGGAGAAAAGGGAAAGAAGAGCUCUCGAAAGGAAAAUUGCAGAAAUGGAAGAGGAGCUGAAGAGCCUGCGUCAAGUAAAAGAGUUUCAGACUGUGAGACAGUUAAAUGAGCGGCUGCUGGCUGAGAAUAGGGCUCUGACCAGAGUGGUUACCAAGCUUUCUGAGUCUUGUAGGCUUUUCCAGGCUGUGGACUCGUAGAUCCUUCCCUUUUCUUCAUUACUGCUUCCCUUCACAGCCAGAUGCUACCAGACUUGAAAGCAGACAACCAGAGGCUGAAAGAUGAAAAUGGGGCUUUGAUCAGAGUCAUCAGCAAACUUUCCAAGUAAACAGGAUUCUGAUUGCUGUUGAUGCCAUUGCAUGAAAACUGAUCUACUCUGAAUUAAUCACACUCAAUUCAGUAAAGUGAUCGAAAAGAGAUGGAAGUGACCGACCAGGCUCCCACCUUGAAGAACAUCAUCUUUUAUGAACCUGUUUCAUGUCUUUAUAUAUGGAUAUAUAUAUAUAAAAGAUGUUGUUGUGUGUGUAUAUAUAUAUAGCCAUUUUAACAGAUACUAAAACUGCUGAAGAAGUGGAUGACUGAAAAUCUUGUUUACAGUAAUGAGGAAAGUGUUUAAAGGCAGAAGCGCCUCGAUGUUAAACCAAUAAGCCUUACUUGUAUAUAAAACACUUGCAUCAACAAACUGCUUUCAUUGUCACAAUGAAGACAGUUAAGAAUCCAACUAAAUGUUACUGUGCCACAGAAAUAUUUUCCUUUUUCACAUGCUUAAAAAAUUGUUUAAUAUGUGCUUAACCUAUGUGCCAGUUCAAGUUGGGACAGCAUUCACAACAAUCCCGUUUUGGAAAAGAUUCAACUAAGGCCGAACAAGGAGGUAACUGCAAAUCCUGAUUUGUAUCCCCCCCCCCCCUCCACACAGUGAUCAAUACAGUUGGUGAAACUUUGCUUUCACUGUUUGUGCAAUAUGCAUUUCUUUAUAAGAUGCUUUAACAAAUACGUUGAAGUAGAUUUAUUUUACGAAAUGUUUUCUUGACUUAAGUCUGUCACAAUUUUUAAGCCAGUAGUGCAAGAUCUUAAAGAAUCUGUAACCUUCACAUUCAUUUUAGCAGGUACUGUGUAUGUGUAUUUUAUGUUCAUACAAUAUAUGUACACAAUUACUGUUUUAAGUUUCAGUGCACCAUGUAGGCAUAAUGGUUACACAAACAGAUUAUUCAAAGAUGUGUCUUUUAAAUGAGGUUUUAUGGCUUAAAAAGUGCUUGUAUACAUGUUUUUUUGAAAAGUGCGGUGUCUUGAAUGGUAAGUGGUACAUUUAAUUUGGGAUUCCAAUGUUCACAGAUGUAAAAAUGUACAUCGAAGGUUAAUGAGAAGUUUCUCACUCUAUUACAUUCUGAGAGUCACAUCUCGACCAUUUAUUCCCUGCUGAAGUAAUUGAAGUGGACGUUUAUUGAGGGAAACUAAUUUAAUGGUCUUCACAUGGGGCUGAUGGCAAGAAUCGUGACAUUUUCAUGUCGGUCCCCAGAAAUUGAAAUGCACUUCUUAGAUUGUGGUGGUCUUUUUCAAAGAAAAAUUGCAGUGAACGCUCUUACCAUUAGACCAAUAUUGCGCAACACCCCUAGUUUAUUUUGAAUAUAUAUUUAAAUGUCAAUACAACUUCUUACGGCACAUAUUGUAUGUUAAAUAAAACCACUGAAGAGUUCCAA